CCUCUCCAUAGUUUGCGAGUGUUGCGGAAAAGAAGAAAAAAACAACUCAUUCCACCUCGCCGCCGCCUCGCACCCCGGAUCUCCACGCGCGGCGGAUCCUCGCUGCCGCCGGUGGGCAUCUCACUACCGAUCCGGUCCCGUGCUGCUAGGUAGGUCCGUCCCAAGCCAUCCUCAACGAUGCGUCCCCGCCGCAGCCCCUCCGCCGGACGCAGUUCACCGGAGUCCAGCAACGCGUCACAAUCAAGUGGCAGUCAAUCUAGUGGUGGGAUGAAAAAUCCGGAUGGUUCGAUUCCUAUCCCCUUCACCAUCCAUCGAGGUAAUCCAGACCGGCUAACCGGAUUGGGCUCUUCGUAUUUGGAGAUGCCUUCCGGUCAGGAGAAUAUCAAUCUGACUAAAGAGGAUUAUCCAAAGCUUGUCCUCGUUAUAAAAGAUGACGACGAGAACCAACAAAUGUGUCUAAAGAUUAUGAAAAGCUUGACUCAUGAGAAUGUCCUUGGAGUGCAUUUCUGGGAAAAGGUUGAAGAAGGACCAUAUAUCCGAGUUCAUGUGGAGCCUUACACAGCAUCGAUUUCAACGAUCAUUAGCGAAGCUGAAUCUCUUGUCGAUCGUAGGUCAAAAUUGGUUCCAUCUCCGGCCUUUGAAGAGAUAGUGAGUGCAUCAAUUGAUGGCCUAGACUACAUUAGAGAGAGUGGUUACUACCAUGGUAACUUCUCAUGGGAAACUACUCUGUACCAUCAGGAAGCUGAUAAAAUAGUAGUCAAAUUGGCGAACUUCGAAAUAAAAGGUCCUUCUCUGGUGGAAUGCCAGGUGGAAGACUGUAUCUCUCUGGCAGCCUCUCUUGAGUGGGCAUCUCAAAAGGUGAAGAAGGAGUAUCCCAAUGUCAAGCCACACACUUGCUACAUAAUAGAUGACCUCAUAAGGAUUUUGAAGUCUUUUACUGUGAAUUCUGUUCACACAAUGAAACUUCAGCUCAAAGAUCAUGAAUUUUUUUGGAACAGCAAGAGGAAGAAGAUUUUCUUUGCCUAUGAUGUACCGCAAGUCUUCAAAAAUGAUCUAGUUAAGCAAAAAUUUGCGGAAUCUCCAUCUAUGCCAGAUUUGCCAUGGACGGCAACAUGGCCAACUCAUGAGUUGAUACCUGGUCAGCUUAUGAAACAUAUGUUGAUUUACCGUGGAAAUAAUGGACUUGGAUCAUAUAACGCAUCCGAUGUGGAAGAGUUUCUAAGGUUCAUAAGUGGGAUGUAUUCGCAUGAGAAUGAACUCAAGGAGAAGAUUCCUAACCUCAAUGUCAAUAAGGAAGUUCAGAGGAUAUAUCCGUGUUUGUGGUAUGAUUUAAAAAAAGCCAUACGAGAUGCCGAGGAACAAGCUGAUAAUGCCAUGGCAGUGGACAAUUAAUGAGAAGAAGUAGCGGUGUCUCCCUCCCUCCCUCCCAGGGUGCCAAACCGCGUCUCUACCAGCCUGCGGGAGGAAAUGCCCCUGCCCUGCCCUGCCUUGCCUUAGGAUGACGCAGUCUUUAACUUAGUUGCUGUCUAAUUUAGUUAGUUCAUCUCUGCGGGCCAACUGUCUUGAGUCAUGGAACCAGAAGAUGGUAUGGACCAGUCCGUCCUUGCUGGUUUGCCAAAGGAUCUUCAUCCAUCUAUGUUGAACUCUGUUGCUCUCUGAAGUUUAGGCAGUGUGUGUCGUCUGAAACAAGUGUACGAGAUUCAUGCUCUCUGUGCUAUGUGAAUGCCGCACUGAUUCAGAAGUCUGCCCUAUUUUGUUUG